AUGGAAGUCUCAACUGUAAAUGAUGUGAAAAUAUAUAAUUUGAGUGCUGGUCGGAGUGUUCCAGAAUGGAUGUCUUCUCGAGCACGUCGAAAAUUGGAGCAACGAAAUGCAGAUGUUAGACAAAGAAUUCAAUUGAUUCAAGAUUUCGAGAUGCCCGAUGUCAGUAAUACAGUUAACAUUACACCAGAUGGGAAAUAUGUAUGGGCUUCUGGAAACUAUAAACCGUGGGUAAAAUGUUUCGAUUUGAAUAAUUUAUCGAUCAAAUUCGAGAGAGGAUUGGAUUCAGAAGUUGUGAAAAUGAUUCCAUUGAGUGAUGAUUAUUCAAAAGUUGUGAUUCUUGAAGAAGAUCGAUGGAUUGAAAUGCACGCAAUGUUGGGAAGAUAUUUCCGUAUGCGAAUGCCAUGUUUCGGUAGAGAUAUGGCAUUAUCUGACGAAUCUAGUGAUCUAUUUCUAGUCGGCUCGAAAAAUGAGAUUUAUCGAUUGAAUUUAGAGCAAGGAAAAUGGCUAACACCAUUACAAUCAACAGGAACAGCGUUGAAUUGUUGUCAAAUUGCAAAAGAACAUCAAUUAUUUGUUUGUGGAACUACAAAUGGAAUUGUUGAAGCAUGGGAUCAUCGAGACAGAACACUUUGUGGAACUUUAGAUACCGGAAGUUAUAUCAAUAAUAUGCUAGGGUUAGGAUUUUCAAAUAAAUUGAAAAUUUAUUUAUAUAUUUUAAUUUUUUUAGGGAGAACGAGAAAGUUGGAGUGACUUCAAUCGCAUUCUCAGAUCCUUUGCAUAUUGGUGUUGGAACAACAACCGGGCAUGUUCUUCUAUACGAUCUUCGUUCAAGAAGACCUUUGCUAGUCAAAGAUCACAAUAAUGAACUUCCAAUCAAGAAAAUUGAAUUUGUCAAAAGGUAAGGUUAAAACGGUUGUGCAUUUUUCUAACAUACAAUAUGUGUUACACCAUUUGAUUCAGAUUGUCAUUUUAUUUUUGCACACCAUCUUCGCCCAACAGACCCCGCAUGUAAUGAUCUCCCCCUCCCAAAAAUUUUGGCUCUGUUCGGAAACAAAGGGGUUUAGAGAAAAUAAAGGGUUUUUCAGAAAAUAAAGUGUUUUUCAAGAAAAAAAAUGAUUUUAGGAGCCCGAAAAAGUAAAAUGAACUCCUCAAUAAUAAGUCCAAAAGUUAGUCAAUUUAAUCAACUAUCUUUUAUCUGACUGAAAUUUCUUAACUUGAUGUGGAUCUGUAGUUUACAGGACCUCACUAAACCUAAGCUUUGAAUGCUAAGAAAGCUUUAAAAAUUCAAUUUUUAUGUUUGUGCAGCUCUGGAAUAAAGGCUUAGGCUUAGUAAAUAUCCAAUAGACAAAAAUUACUUUUCUUUUUCAGAUAUUUUUACCCCUAUAAAUCUUUUUUUGUUUUUCUAAAACCCUUUAUUUUCUGUAAAACUCUUUAUUUUCUGAAAACCCCUUCAUUUUCUCUAAAACCCUUUAUUUCCGAACAGAGCCAAAAUUUUUUCAAAAUUUUGAUUUGAGCGUGAAUUUUCAUUAGCUACCCGCCCAAAUCGAAAUUUUGAUUCGGGCGUGAAUUUGAAAUUUCCAAAAUGUCCCCCCCCCCCCUCGAAAAAUUUUUCCAAAUGUCAUGAUCUCACCCUCACAGUUUUUGGGAGCAGUGCCAUGUAUGGUCACAACAAUUUUAAUUCUCAAAACCAAUUUCAAGUAUAAAUGUAUGAAAUUAAAUUUAGAAAAAAAGCAAAAUUACUAAAUAUUUCAGGGACGAUGGAAAUGUUGUAACUUCAAUGGAUUCACGUAUGAUGAAAAUGUGGUAUGAGGAAGAUGGUUCACCAAUGGCGGCGAUUGAAAAUACAGUUCCAUUGAAUGAUUUCUGCCGAUUCCCUAAUUCUGGAAUGUUCUUUUUUGCCAACGAAGCUCCUAAAAUGCUUCAAUAUUUCAUUCCUCAAUUAGGACCCGCCCCAAAAUGGUGUUCUUAUUUGGAAAAUUUGACAGAGGAAAUGGAAGAAACUGAGACAACUGUUUAUGAUAAUUAUAGAUUUGUUACCAAAAAACAAUUGGAGGAUUUAGGAUUAUCUGGAUUAGUUGGUACAAAUGUAUUGAGAGCUUAUAUGCAUGGAUAUUUCAUUGAUGCUAGAUUGUAUAAUAAAGCGCAAACUCAAAUGCAACCAUUCGCCUAUGAGCAAUAUAAAGAGCACAAGGUAACUUUUGAAAAAUCCUCCAACAAAAUUUCUAAUUCUAUUUUUUUAAAGAUCAAAUCAAUCAUCGCUGAUGAACGCGAAAAAUCUGCUGUUCAAAAGAAAGUUGAAAAACUUCCAUCAGUUAACAAAGCUCUCGCUGCCAGAUUACGUGAAGAAGCUACACUUGCUGAUAAAGUUUUGGAGUCUCGAAAAGAGAAAAGAAGAAGUAAACGAGCCGAAGGUGCAUCUUCGAUUUUGGCUGAUGAUCGUUUCAAAAAACUGUUCGAAUCCGAAGAUUUUGAGGUCGAUGAAGAAAGUGAUAUUUUUGUGAAAAAUGCGGCGAUGAGAGCAAAGUUGCAAGAGAAGGAAGCACCAGAAGAAGAAGAAGAGGAUGAAGAUGAGGGAGAUUCUGAUGAUAAUAAUUCAGAGGAUGAUUCAGAUUUGGAAAUUGAGAAAGAUCAGCCGAAAGUUGGAGCUUGGGAAGAGGAAGAAGACGAUAAUGAUAGUAUGGCAUCAGAUUUGGAAAGUGCUAGUGAAAGUGACGAUGAAGCUGAUCAGACAUUGAAGGUAUUAUAUUUUAAACCAAAGAAACUCUUUCAGUGAAGAGUUAUCGAAAAUUUUGAUCUUUUUGCUCUAAAAAUGGAGAUCCUAUCCGGAAAAUUUCCUGUGAAAUUUUUGUAUUUACUCUUUUGGAAGAUCCUCUGCAGUCGAUAGUUAAAUUUCCCUUUUUUCAGAAAAAACGGGCCAAAGCCAGAGCUCAACGAAGAAUUGAGAAAAACGCAUCAAAAGCCCAGAAAUACGAAGAACGAAAAGAAGCGAAAAAACAAAGAACUCAACAAAGACAAGCUGCAAAGCCUUCCAAAUUCGUUCUUCAUUCGAUUGGAAAUGGCGAAACUACAAGGAAAUUUGUUGAUGAAACUGUGGCUAGUGGAACUAAUGUACUGAAUGAGGUUAGCAAUUUUUCUUUUUUUUUAAAUUAGAAAUUGAAUUUUGUUCGGAUUUUUAGGAUCUUAUGGCGCUUGGUGAUCGUAAAUUUGCUUCAGUGAAACAAGAUAAGAGGUUGAAAAAACGAAAUGAAGAUGAUGUUCCAUUUGGUGGCCGUGAAAUGACAUUUACAAUUAGUAAACGAGAUAAGGAUUUGAGAGCGGAGGCGAUUAAGGCGAAACAAGUGAGUUCACAUAAAACUGGAAGCUAUUAAUGUUCUAUAAAAAGGAGUUUUGGUAAUAUAGAAACUUUCGAAUUAGGAAGCUCUUAUAAUACAGCAGAUUAUGAACUUAACAAAUUUUAGAAUUGUGAAAUUAGAAACGUUUCCAACUACAAAAAAUCGUUUUCUAAUUUUUUUUUACAAAACAGUCUCAAAAAAUGCGGCCUAUAUUUAAUAACAUUUUCCAGAAAGCCCAUAUCGAUGAACGUAAGAAUGCAGCUCGCCGCCCUAAUCAAAUUGUUACCAAAGGUCUCAAAAAGUUACCCGGAAAUUUGAAUGUUGGAAAGAAAGGAAAUGGUCAAUUUUAUUAG